AUGUACCAUUGUUCAAAGGUCUUGCUGAAAGUGUGGCAAUGCAUGUUCAUCGCACCGGUGACACUGCGGCGGAAACCAUCCGUCGACGGCAGCGUGCAGCCUAAGUCGUACUACACGUUCAGCGUCUGGUGGUACGCGUUCAACUUGGCCGUGUUGGUCGCGUGCGUGACCGGCGGGGUGUGGGCCGUAAUGGAGGACGCUCGAGCGUCCGAGACGGGCCGGUCGUUGCGCAUACAGAACACGUCCUCGGCCAUCGUAACCGCGCUCCAGGUGACGCUCCAGUGCUUGGUGUGCGGGCUGGCUAUCACGUGCUCCGCGAGCCGGCACGCCAUGCUGCAGGAAAUCGAGCGACACCUAAACCACGCGGACGCCGUGCUCCGGGUGUCCACCAGCCAGCCGGCGGCGAGGUACACGCUGGCGCUGGUCACGCUCCACGCGGCUCUGUUCACCGUGGAUGGUUACUUGUGGAACACGCUCAGCCCGGCCACCUGGAUGUACAGUGUGUGCUACGUGUACAUGCUCAUCGACCUGGCCACCAUGCUCAUGUACGCGUUGAUCGCUUGGAACAUCGGGCGCCGGUUCGAGGACAUCAACGCGGCGAUCGAGUGCAAGCUCGCGGGCUUCCAGGCGGGCGCGGCGGCGGCGUUCGACCACAGCCACCGUGGCCGCGGCUGUCGACCCCCGCAACGGGUGUGGACGUUCGCCGGUCACACCACGGUCGUCAUGUCUAAUAAUCCGGUGGCCACGGCCGACCGUCAAUACGGUACAAGUAUAAUAUUAUAA